AUGUCCGCUGUCGAAAAAUUCCCAAUUCUCCUAAGUGAGGCAGAAGAAGAGAGCUCCGCGGUUCCGCCCUGUUUUUCAUCCGAGGGAAUAAAUUAUCUCUAUAUCCGCCAUAGCAAUCUUUACCUGUUGGCUCUAACGAAACGCAACACGAAUGCCGCCGAAAUUCUCCUUUUUCUUCAUAAAAUCGUCGAGGUGUUCACGGAAUACUUCAAGGAAUUAGAAGAGGAGAGUAUCCGUGAUAACUUCGUCAUUAUCUACGAGUUACUUGAUGAAAUGAUGGAUUUUGGUUACCCGCAGACGACCGAAAGCAAGAUAUUACAAGAAUAUAUCACUCAAGAAUCCCACAAAUUAGAAAUACAAGCACGACCCCCAAUAGCUGUCACGAAUGCAGUAUCAUGGCGAAGCGAAGGUAUUCGAUAUCGAAAGAACGAGGUCUUCCUUGACGUGGUGGAAUCUCUGAAUCUACUGGUUUCUGCAAAUGGAAACGUCUUGCGUUCGGAGAUUCUCGGGGCGAUCAAAAUGAAAUGUUAUCUUAGUGGCAUGCCGGAACUAAGGUUGGGCUUGAACGAUAAGGUUAUGUUUGAGACGACCGGACGAGCAACGAGGGGCAAAGCUGUCGAGAUGGAAGACGUCAAGUUCCACCAAUGCGUCCGGUUAUCCCGAUUUGAGAAUGAUCGUACUAUCAGUUUUAUCCCACCGGAUGGGGAAUUUGAACUGAUGAGUUAUCGUUUGAAUACGCAAGUCAAACCACUAAUCUGGGUAGAAUGCCUCGUGGAGUCGCAUUCUGGCUCGAGAAUCGAGUAUAUGCUGAAAGCGAAAGCACAAUUCAAGCGUCGCAGCACGGCGAACAACGUGGAAAUUCUAGUCCCUGUCCCGGAAGACGCUGAUUCGCCUCGAUUUAGAACGAACAUUGGAACUGUUCAUUAUGCUCCCGAGAAGUCCGCCAUAAUAUGGAAAAUUAAGCAAUUCGGAGGUGGAAAAGAAUUCCUCAUGCGCGCCGAAUUAGGAUUACCAUCCGUUAAGGGUGAUGAUGAACAUGGGGGUGGCAUGACUGGUGGCUUUGGAGGAAGCAUGGGUGGUGCAGGACAAACUGCAAAGGGUAAAAGACCCAUCAACGUCAAAUUUGAGAUUCCGUACUUCACGACCAGCGGCAUUCAGGUUCGUUACUUGAAGAUUAUUGAACCCAAGCUCCAAUACCCGUCGCUCCCUUGGGUCCGAUAUAUUACCCAAUCAGGCGAUAUCGCCAUACUCUAUAUGGAUUUUCCGCAUCGGGAUAGUCCCGGGGAUAUUGCAUAUGCAGAGCCUAAAUCUGAUAAUGUUCAUAAGCUAGUGGACGCUUUUGAAGACAUGGGAUAUGGUGCAUUAUGA